CAGGCGCGACCCCACGUGUCCCGCCGCCGCCAUGGUGCAGCUGGGGAGCCGCCUCCUGAGGGGCCGCGGCGGCCACGUCGUCAUCCGCUUCGCGCUCGGAGGGUGCACCAACCGGCCGUUCUUCCGCAUCGUGGCGGCCAACAGCAGGCGCGCCCGCGACGGGAAGUACCUGGAGCAGCUGGGCUGCCUCGACCCGCUGCCCAACGCGCACGGCGAGAAGGUGGCGGGGCUCAACCUGGAGCGGCUGCGCUACUGGCUGGGCUGCGGCGCGCAGCUCUCCCGGCCCGCCGAGAAGCUGCUGGGGCUGGCGGGGUUCCUGCCGCUCCAUCCAAUGACGGUGACCGGCGCCGAGAGGCUGCGCCAGCGGCGGCAGCGCGAGCAGCAGCCCGAGCCUGCACCGGCGGACGGCUCGGCCGAGCCCGGCAGCGGCACCGGGCCCUGACACGGGCCGGGAGGGUCCCGAGCGGCCCGGGGCCGUUCCGGCCCGUCCACACACGAGGAUUUCUGCCCUGUCCGUGCAUCCGACCCCAUUAAAAGAUUACCUCUGCACUCCGCACCGUCCAUGUGCUGCUUUCUCCAGACUCGUCUCAAUCCACGUUCUCUGUUGCCACAUUUGGUGCACAGAAGAGGUUUUGCUGCUCUGGUGCACCUGUGGGAGCAUUCCAGGAGAAGUUCCCCAGGCAGGCCACUGGCUCCAAGUGCUCUGCCUGCAGUAGUGGCACGUCCUCUGGCAGCUGCCUUUGUUUUGACUUCGGCUGUGAUUUACUGCCACAGAGCAGUGCACAGACAGAUGCAAAUGGAAAUGCAGCUGGUUUUCUGUUUACUUUCUCCAGAGACGUACUGGGCCUGUUUGUUCAUUUAAAAGCAAAAGAGAAAGAUUUCAGUCUUAUGUAAA